AGCUAUCAGAGCUAUUAUCUAAUAACAUUACAGCCAUACUUACUCCAAAUUAUGAUUAUAUAGUCUCAGAACAAUCAUUAGUCUUGGAUAUAAUAGAACCUUCAUAUAAUGCUAAUAAUAUUUUAAAACCUCUGAAGCUAUUACCUAAUAAUGUUGUAGCUGUACUUUCUCCAAAUUAUGAUUAUGUG